GAUGGUAAAGUUCUGUGGGCCUUGGCGAGGGAGGUAAUAAUCUAAAAAUGGGACUUUUCUUUAAUAAAAUCUUGAUUUUAGAUCUAGUAAUAGAAUGAUGCCUGAAUCCAUUUAUGAUCCUGAGUUUCAAGGCACAUGACACUUUUGCUUGGGUCGAGGUUGCCACUCCGCUCUGAGAUGGAUCAAAGUCGAGUGAGCUCAUUCCUACUUGGAUGAACUAAAAAUACAAAAACAUUAGCCUGAUCCAAAACUUUUGUGACAUUUAACCCUCAUUGUUUCCUAUCACGCAGUCCACUUGAUUUUUAUAUUUGCCCUAUUCUUGGCCCAUGUCCUAAAAUGAUAUGGAAAAAUGGAUAGAUGGGGUGGAUUUCUCACAACCUUCAUGGUGGACCUCACCUAGUUUUCCUGUUGCGAAAAGUUCAUGCAUUCGACUGAUGCUGCUAUUAGUGAAGGGCUACGGGUCGGUGCUCUGUGGGCCUGACCAUGAUGGAAAUGGCAGAUGCUGUUGUCAGUGUUCUCCUGGAUAAUUUGUUGUCAAUACUCGUAACCGAAGGUCGUCAGCUACUUGAGUUUGAUGACCAAUUUGAGGAAACAAAGGAGGAGCUUCAGUACAUGCAGAGCUAUCUCAAGGAAGCUGAUCAGGUGAAGAGAAGAGAUAUGAAUGAGAUUCUCAAGAGGGUAAUGAGCAAUUUAAGAGAGUUGGUAUAUGAUGCUGAAGAUGUAAUAGCAGAUUGUCAGCUUCUAUUCCUGAAAAAACAUGAAGGGUGUGCACCAAAUUUUACAAGUUAUUGGUUUCCUACUCAUUUGAAAUCCCGUCAUCAGUUGGGAAAGCGGCUGAGGAAUAUAAAUCAAGGGGUAAGGAAGGUGAAGAAGAAUAUGAAGUCCUACUUGCAAACAGCUCCUCGCCAACCUGGCAAAGAUGAAGAUGGUGGGAAUAUGGGAAUGACCUACCCAAUCCUGAUGCAUGAAGCUGAAAUGGUGGGAUUAGAAGAUGACUCAACAAAGAUUAUAAAUUGGAUCUUAGAAGCGGAUGGACCCUCAAUGGCGAUUGGAAUAGCUGGAAUGGGGGGAAUUGGUAAAACCACACUCGCUCAAAAGAUAUGUGAUAGUGGGAGGGUGAAAGACUCUUUUAGGUACUCGCUUUUUGUUACUGUUUCUCAGAGUUUCAAAUUGGAUGAAUUGCUGAAGAAAAUGCUCGGGAAACUAAAUGUAGAAGAAGGAUCUAUGAGGGGAAAGGAUGUUCGUGACCUGUUGGAAAGGCUUAAGGCUAAGUUAGAUGAUAAGUACUUGAUAGUUUUGGAUGAUGUUUGGGAAACAGAUAAAAACGGAUGGUGGGAAAGCUUGGAGUCCGCUUUGCCCAAAGUGAGUGGUAGCUAUGUCAUUGUUACAACAAGGAAUGAAGAGGUUGCUAAAUCAAUGGGAGCUGCCGGCAGACACAUACACUAUCCCCAAACUCUUUCAAAAGAAGACAGUUGGUCCUUAUUUAGCAAAGUAGCUUUUGCAAGAAAUGGAGGUAAGUGCGCCAAGCCAGACUUGGUGGAAGUUGGUAAGGAGAUAGUUGUGAGGUGCAGAGGGCUUCCUUUGGCAAUCAAGGUUGUGGGCGGAAUGAUGUUUAUGAAAGGUGAUUCUAUCCAUGAAUGGAGGCGAAUAUCAGAGCACCUAAAGGAGGAGUUGGAAAUCAGUAAGAAAGAUGAGCCAGUCAUUUCAUGUCUAGAGUUAAGCUAUGAAGAGCUCCCAACACACUUAAAACCUUGCUUUUUGUGCUUUGCCAUGUUUCCUGAAGAUUUUGAAAUUUAUGUUGAUGACAUGGUUAACUGGUGGAUUGGUGAGGGUUUUGUUUGGGGAAAAAAUGGGAAAACGGCAUUUGAGAUAGGAGAAGAAUGUCUUUCAGAAUUAUUUAAUCGAUUUUUGAUACUUGGAGUGGAAAAAGAUCAUUUUGAGAGAAGCUAUGUUAGGUGCAAAAUGCAUGAUAUGGUUCGAGAUAUGGUAAUAAGAAUUGCAAGAGAUGAGAGCUUUUUUGUGAGGUUGGACUGUGGAGGUAGUCCCGCAUUCCGUGAGCAGUCUCGUCGUUUGGGAAUUGUGGGGAAUACAGCUGUAGAGAGCAUCAGAAACAGUCCCACCAAGCUGCGGACGUUGGUUGGGAUGGGCAUUCAGAGCAUAGAGAUGAUUGCAAGUCUAAAAGCAAAACAAUGCGAAGUAAGGUGGUUGAGGGUGUUAUCUCUUUCACUGUCAGACUGGAAUCUCGAUCUAGGUGUGGUGUGCAGCGAUUGGUUGAGUGGGAUAGGGUCAUUACAUCACCUCGUUUAUCUUAACAUACAGAGGAGUUCUGCCUUGAUAUCACUGCCCGAUGCAAUCGGAAAUCUUCGUAAUCUUCGGAUUCUACGUUUAUGGAACUGCCCGAAUUUGAAAAGGCUUCCUGUGUCAAUCACAACAUUAGAGAAGCUAACAGCUAUCCAAAUUGAGUUGUGUUCUUUAGAAUGCAUGCCGGAAGGGCUUGGAAAGCUUUCAAACCUCGAACGGUUAGGAUGGUUUAGUCCUGUGAAUAAAAAUGGAUCAGGUAUUUCGGAGUUGAAGAGCUUGACAAAACUUAGAGAACUUAGGAUGGGGAUAAAGUCAGUGGAAGAAAUAGAAGAAGGGGAAUGGCAUGUGUUAUCAAUGCUCCAGUAUCUGCAAAUUCUAAGGUUAGAUUUUGGGGGAAUUUCUGUUGAAAGAGAUGGAGUUGUAAGGAAGAUCGAAGGUGAGCUUUCUCCUCCUCUUAAAUCCCUCAGAGAGUUGUAUCUUAUUUACUGGCCAGGAGAAAGGACACCUGCGUGGCUCAGUCCUACUUCCCUUCCCAAUCUUCAGUUUCUUUUGAUUUGGAGAGGAAGGAUUAGGGAGAUGGGUCCCAGAUUUUGGGACAGCGAGAGUGGCGUAUGGAAAGUGGAGGUCUUGGUGCUACAAUGUUUGUACGAAUUGGAAGCGGAGUGGCAGAGGAUGCGAAGGGUAACGCCGUCUUUAAGACUCCUCAAGGUUUACAACUGUCCGAAGCUCAAGUCAUUCCCAUUCGAUGUUACAAAGUAUACUUUGGAGGAGGAGAAAUGGAGGAGAGAAGAAGAAGAUUCAGUUUCAGGUGCCGCCAAAGAGGAAGGAAGAAGAGGAGGAAAAAGAAGAAGGUAUGUUUUUUCUUUUUUCAUUUUCAAUCACCUGUUACAUUCUCUUCACACAACAUUUUUUGGUUUGAAUGCCAUCACGUAAUUUAAACUGCUCGAUGAACAUCUCAGAUCCCACACAUGCUUUGUAUCUCCACAUAUGUAGAGAAUGACAAUUUUUGCCAGUAUUUGUAUACACCCAUUGAUUUGAUAAAUACCCCCAUUCCUUUUGCUUUUAGUCAUAUAAUAAUACAAAUAAAAAGAAGACAGUCAGGGUACAUUCUUAGAUUGAUCUGAACCAUUUAUGUUCUUACCAGUACCAUAUAGAUGUUACUUUAUUUCAAUCAUACACCAUUGAAUAUCCUAACCUUUGAAUCUUGAAUUUGAACACGAGUUGUUGAAAAUUUUACUUUAUUCAUUUUCAUUCAUCAGAAGAAAAAAAAAUAAAAAAAAUAAAAAUCUUCAAAUUGCCCUUGUUGUUGGUGGAAAAUGAUUAGAAAUAUAAAAAUUGGAUGAUCCUAGCUAUUUGGUUGGAAGAUUCCAAACCUAUGGUUGAAAAAAAAAAAAAGAAGUUAAUGGCCCACAUUUGGUGAGAAGAGGAGAAGAAAUUUAGUCUUGGAUUACCUAAUAUCUUUUUUUUAGAACAUGAUCUGAGUGGGUCCUACUAGAUGGACGGUCUCAAUUGACACAUGAGACAUGACCAUGACCCAUGUAAAGUAAAUGGGUUCUACUGGCUCUGCCUCAUCAAUUUUGUUGUUCCGUUAGGCUGUUACCAUUUUCUUUUGUAGUGAUAUACCCACAGUACCUCCCCAAUUUAUGUAUUGUACAGAUAAGCUAUAUCCAUCUGAUGGUUCCAAUGCAUAUGUGACCAUAACAAAAACAGGUAGGGAAACUCAUCAGGUGGGCCACACAUGUAUGAGAGAAAAGAAAUAAAUAAAUGAUUUACAAAUGCAUAGCAAUGUCUCACAAGCCCAACUUGUUGGCAGUUUCUUCUGCUUAAUCACUUUGGAGUGUUCACAUUUGAGAAAUGAUCUAGCUGAGUAAGUGUAUAGAAACCUUCACAUGCACAUGGAUGCAUUUGGCAUCCAAGUCCCCCUAUUUGGGUAAUUGGUAUAUGACUCACUCUGAUUUUCAUCCAACUGUUUUCUUUGUGAAAGAACAUCACUAGGGGAGAUUACUGCCGCAUGACUCGAGGAAAGGCGUCUUCUAUCAUAUAGAGGCAACCCCAAAGUCCUGGCGCUUAUCACCUGAGUUUUGUCUUCCAAAAGUCUAUACAGUUCAUCAUGUGCUUUCUCGCCUUUAACUUCCUGUCUCCAUUAAUAAAUCUGUGAACUCUAGUUCCUUUUUAUGUUAUAUUUGUACCCAAUAAACAUUUGAAAUUAGAACCUUCUGAUAUCUAGGGACAUACUUGAUUUCGCUAUCAGAUACAUUUCAUAGAUGAUGUUAGUAGAUUUACAUGGUA